AGGAGCCUCAAAUCCUGCAGCGAGACAAUGUACAGCCAGGUGGAGCAUCCCGCAGGAGGCUACAAGAAGCUCUUUGAGACAGUGGAGGAGCUGUCCUCCCCCGUCACUGCCCACGUCACAGGCAGGAUUCCCACCUGGCUCAGGGGCAGCCUCCUGCGAUGCGGGCCUGGCCUCUUUGAGGUCGGGGCAGAGCCAUUUUACCACCUCUUCGAUGGCCAGGCACUGCUGCACAAGUUUGACUUCAAGGAGGGACACGUCACCUACCACCGCAGGUUUGUUAGGACAGAUGCUUAUGUGCGAGCCAUGACAGAGAAGAGGAUCGUGAUAACUGAAUUUGGUACCUAUGCCUACCCAGACCCGUGCAAGAACAUUUUCUCCAGGUUUUUCUCCUACUUUAAAGGGGUGGAGGUCACAGAUAAUGCCCUCGUUAAUGUCUACCCCGUUGGCGAGGACUACUACGCCUGUACAGAGACCAACUUUAUCACCAAAAUUAACCCAGACACUCUAGAGACAAUUAAGCAGGUGGAUCUCUGCAAAUACGUCUCUGUCAAUGGGGCCACAGCUCACCCCCACGUGGAGAACGAUGGCACCGUUUACAACAUUGGCAAUUGCUUUGGGAAAAAUUUCUCACUGGCCUACAACAUCAUACGGAUUCCUCCACUCCAAGCAGACAAGGAGGACCCGAUGAACAAAUCAGAGGUGGUGGUGCAGUUCCCUUGCAGUGACAGAUUUAAGCCCUCCUACGUGCACAGCUUUGGCCUGACCCCAAAUUACAUCGUAUUUGUCGAAACCCCGGUGAAGAUCAACCUCCUCAAGUUCCUCUCCUCCUGGAGCCUCUGGGGAGCCAACUACAUGGACUGCUUUGAGUCCAACGAGACCAUGGGGGUCUGGCUUCACGUGGCAGAGAAAAAGAAAGGACGGCUCCUCAACAUCAAGUACCGGACCUCAGCCUUCAACCUCUUCCAUCACAUCAACACCUUCGAGGAUAACGGGUUCCUCAUUGUCGACCUCUGCACGUGGAAGGGAUUUGAGUUUGUUUACAAUUACCUCUACUUAGCCAACCUCCGAGCAAACUGGGAUGAGGUAAAGAAGCAGGCAGAGAAAGCCCCCCAGCCCGAAGCCCGCAGAUACGUGCUGCCCCUCCGCAUCGACAAGGCCGACACAGGCAAGAACCUGGUCACCCUGCCCUACACGACAGCCACUGCGACGCUGCGCAGCGAUGAGACCAUCUGGCUGGAGCCAGAAGUUAUUUUCUCAGGGCCACGCCAUGCCUUUGAGUUUCCACAGAUCAAUUACAAGAAAUAUGGUGGGAAACCAUAUACGUACACAUAUGGGCUUGGACUGAAUCACUUUGUUCCAGACAGGCUUUGCAAGCUGAAUGUUAAAACAAAGGAGACCUGGGUGUGGCAGGAGCCAGAUUCGUACCCAUCAGAGCCAAUCUUCGUUUCCCAUCCAGAUGCUCUGGAGGAGGAUGAUGGGGUGGUGCUGAGCAUUGUGAUCAGCCCCGGCUCAGGGCCAAAGCCUGCCUACCUCCUGAUCCUGAACGCCAAGGACAUGAGCGAAGUGGCCAGGGCUGAAGUGGAGGUGAACAUCCCUGUGACUUUCCAUGGACUCUUCAAAAGAGCGUGAGUGCUGCCUGCAACACGCCGUGUGAGGCUUCUUCCAGCUUCAAAAAGAUGCAGUCUCCAUUUGCAAGCACACAGAAAGUGACACUGAAGGAAUUUAGGACAUUUAUUUGUGAGUACUUGGUUCA